AUGGAGGACUACAAAAGGAAUGGGACCGCGACGACGGACACUCUCAGCAAACGAGAUAAACGGAGAAACAAUAUCGCCACUCGAUUACAAAAGCUCGAGCUGACAUUCAAGAAUGAUCGAGAUAUAUUCUACCGCAAUAGUUUACAUGAACUACAGAACAAAUUGGCAAGUCUACAACAAGGCACGAAUGAAGAGUACGUGACAAAGCAAAUUGAACUAGAAGAAGUGCGAGACUACGAGUUGACCAAAUUGCGUCUUUGGGAAGAGUACCAAGUCAAGAGUAUUGAGAUGGAGUACAACCAAGCGUUGCAGAAGGCAAAGGAGAACCAUGACAAGAUGAUCAAGUUGAUCAAGGAGAAACUAUACGACAAACUACAAAAACAAAUAAAGACUUUGAAAGAGGACAAGUACUUGUUGAAUCUUUUGAACAGCAAUAGCUAUAAUGAAGGAGGAUCAACCAGAGACAAUGAAACACUAGCGGCCGCCAUGGGGUUGAACCUUCAUGACCGGAGAUCUUUGAGAAAACGAGGUGAAUACUUUGGAAGAUUUGCAACUGGGGAAAUGGAUGAUUUAUCCGAUGGUGGUGGUGGAGGAAGUGGUGGUUUGAAUGGCAGUAUUUCAUCGGCUCCAAACGGGUCGGGGUAUAUAUCACUGGGCAAGAGAAGACGACUUCACACAACGAGGUAUUCAUCAAAUGAUGAGGUAUCAAGCAGCACCGCAAGUGCAAAGCCUUGGCACAAUGGACAUGCAAGUUCUGCUGCUCAACAUAGCUCAGCAUAUGCGCACAGUAAAACCAAUGGAGGGGUCAAUAGUGGAUACGAGUCGAAUUUCAGCGACAAAGAUUAUGAUGCAUUAAACUCGUUCAUAAUGGAAAAUGAAGAUGGAGUUAAAUCGUUGAUUUAUGAUGGAAAUGGGUUGAAUGGUGAGGAGGGAAGCCAUAGCACUUAUAAGGUGCAAACACGCGGUUCGCAUAAACAAUUUGUGGGGCCCCAAGGAUUGAAACCGGAAGAAUUGAAUGAGGAUUUGGUACUACUACGAACCGCAAUCUUGGUGCUAUCUCUAUUUCUAAGUUUCAAAGAUGUUCUACUACCGAACAAUGACCCACAUUGGAUAAAAUACAAGAUCACCAAACCUCCCAAGGAAAGCUCAAUGAAAGACCUCAGUGAUCAAAAAUUGCACACAAAGAUUGAUUCACCGUUCCAAUACGGUUGUGCUGUUCCAAACAUUGACCAACCUCGAGCCAAUGCCGCAUUCAUUAUGCUAUGUCGAAAUCUGGAAAUAAAGGGAGUUUUAGCAAGCAUAAAGUCAAUGGAGCGACAUUUCAAUCAGUGGUUCAACUACCCCUGGGUCCUUCUCAACAAUGAAGAGUUUUCCCCCGAGUUUAAAGAUGCAGUUUCCAAACAAACCAAUGCUAAAGUUUCAUUUGGGCAAAUAGCCAUGGAAGAUUGGGAGUUCCCCAAAGAUAUCCCUGAUGUUGAAUUGAAUGAAUGGAUUGAGUCUCAAGGUGAUCGUGAAUUGCUUUAUGGUAAUUUGAAAAGUUAUCACAAGAUGUGUCGUUUCUAUUCGGGCAAGUUUUAUCUACAUCCACUAGUUAACCAAUUGGAUUGGUAUUGGCGAGUAGAACCAAACGUUGAGUUUUACUGCGAUUUGACGUAUGACCCAUUUGUUGAAAUGGAAAAAAGGGGAAAGAAAUAUGGGUUUAAUGUGAUGUUGUUUGAUUUGUAUUAUUCCAUCCCUGGUUUAUUCCGUGAAGUUCAAACAUUUAUCAAGAAAAAUGGCGUCAAGGUGAAGAGUAGCUGGAAGUUGUUUGUGUUGAGCUCAAAAUGGUUAGUUGGCGAGGAUAAACUUGGCGAUUACGACGGCAUACAUGAUAAGCACGACAUAUUGGUUGAAAUUCAAGAUCAAAUCUACUUGCAAAAAUUCAUUCAUGAAGUCAAGGACAAAACUGAGGAUGUGUUUUCCAAGAAUCCGUAUUUGACACGUCGAAUACUUGAAAAGAGUAAGAAGAUGCCGACCUUGCAUGAGGAUAGAAUAGAUAAAGAGGAUUACAACUUGUGCCAUUUUUGGUCCAAUUUUGAAAUUGCAAGAGUGGAUCUUUUCACGUCAUCUGAAUACCAGCAGUUUUUCCAACACCUUGAAUCCGCGGGUGGGUUCUACAAGGAGCGAUGGGGAGAUGCACCAGUCCAUUCAUUAGCUAUUGGCAUGUUUUUGGACCUCGAUGAAGUUCAUUAUUUCAGAGACAUUGGGUAUCGACAUGAAAUAUUUGUUCAUUGUCCAGCCAAUGCACCAGAACAUCAAUUAGAAUACUCACCGAAUCAGAGUUACCUUGCAUUCACUGAGGACUCACGCGGUGGCGUUAUUUAUCCUGAUAAGCCCAGGUAUAACGGUGUUGGGUGCAGAUGUACAUGUCCUCUGGGAUAUAAGGAUAUUGAAAAUACCGAUUGUAUGAAGAAAUGGCAGAGGUUUACUCUGGACGAUUACAAAGAAGAACAGUCAAUUGAUCUUGAGACUUGGAAGAAUCGGUUGGCUAGAAAGAUUAAGUUUCACUUGAAUGCUGGUGGCAGUAUGGAGGAGGAUAUCGUGUAG